AUGAGUUGGAGUGGUAGCUUCUCUCAGAAUUAUGUAGAUCCUCAACACUUGAUUGAGGCUGAACAACAAAUUGAAGCAUGUCAUGAUAAAUGUAUUCCCACAAAGUACCAUGAACCCGAUUUGAAUAAAGGUGAACAGAAAUGCAUAGAUCGCUGUGUUGGAAAAUACAUGUCAAUACAAACAUUACUUGGUGAAAAAUUAAGACAUUUAGCACCUGGAAGUGAUCCUCAAAAUGACAGCUUUCAAUAG